CUGGAGGCUGCGGGGACCCGGGAGCCUGAGGGCGGGGCUGCCGGGCAGCGUGGGGCGGCGUGGCGCAGCGCACUUAGCUGGCUUUGCAGCGGGUGAGCCGGUGAGCCAGGCCGAUGGCGGUGACUACAGCCCUGUCUGCUGCAGCGGCGGCUGCGGCUCUAUCAGGCCUGGCAAUGCGACUGUCGCGUUGGGCGGCGACACGCGGCUCCUACAGCGCCUUCUGCAAGGGGCUCACGCGCACGCUGCUCACCUUCUUCGACCUGGCCUGGCGGCUGCGCGUGAACUUCCCUUACUUCUACAUGGUGGCCUCGGUGAUGCUCAAUGUCCGCCUGCAGGUGCGGAUCGAGUGAGCCGUCGCCCGGCACCACGGCGGCCCCUCGGGCGGAGAGCGCCAUCCGCGCCACCCGCGCCAGACGGCCGCCGGGAAGGACCGUGGGGCCCCGCAGUGCCCAGAGACCGCGGCGGGGGGCGCAGGCGGGACGGCCCGGACCCCUCCAUCUUAGGUCUCCUCCGCGGAGGGCCCCAGGUACCAUAUCCCAUACCGCAAAAAACCUUCACAGCCGAGUCCUUUUCCACUGCAUCCAGAGAAUCACCAGAGUCUGGCAAACCUGUUGCCUCCCAUUGGCCAGAAAGGGGGAACACUCGAAAGAGGGGAUGCUACCGCAGGAUUUACCAGGCCCUGUGCAGGAAGGCUCCCUGCAGCACCUGCGAUCACACUCUCCAGACCCAGAAGCCCAUCCACCAGCCAUGAGCAGCCUGGCAGCUGUGUACCACAGGAUCUGGGGAAGUGGUCUUGCUCUUCUAGGUGAUGGCUCACCACUUCUGAGAUCAUUUCAAGAUGGAUCCCUACAUAGAGAUGUCUGCUGCUGUUCCUGUAGCAGCCCGGGGAGCAGCCGAGUGAAGAGCCUACCUAGAAGAGGAAAGGCCCUUCUGGUAGAGGCCUAGAGGGGUGGCGUGGCUCGGGUCUUCUGGCCCUUCCAUAGAAAAGAUACCAGUGUACCUUGGGCACUGAUAUCUCCUAGCAACACUGUGAGGGAGAGGUAUUCUCCCACCUCAGGAACUCAGCGGGGCUCAAUGCAAGGCGUGGGAUUUGCCCUUGUUACACAGAAUAGUGGGGAGCUUGGCCUGCCCUGGACCUCCAUUCCCCCACCUCCUCUGCAGUCUUCUUUGUGACCUGGCAGGACAUUGGGGUUGGGAGGGAGUAGAGAGCUGCCAGGGGACCUAGGGAGAAAGAGAGACCAUGGGGUAGGGAAGCUGGGCAUCUUCCUUUCCUGGGAGUGGUCUAGAAGACAGGCCAGUAGUUGAGUUCAUGAACAGAGAGGAAGGUUCGAGAACUUCCUGAAAUGUCUAGUCCUCCCUGCCUCUCUGGUGCUUGACCAAGGGCUCCUGAGCAGUUGUGUGCUAGUGGACUGCAGAUGUGGUUCAUGGGAGGCUGAGGAACUACGGGCUGAAACCCAUGGUUUAUAUGGCCCUGUUUCUCUGUUCCUAGACUUGCAGCCCCAUCCCUAGCAUCACAUGGGAAAAAUCUCCUCCAGAUAGGUGGAGGACAGUCUGUCCAGGAGGCCCUGCAUAGGCUAGAGUCUCCAAAUGCCCAAGGACAGCCCAAGGGAUACUUUUACUACUUAACCAACAUUCCCCCAGCUUUUCUGAUGCUGGUAUCUCAAGGUCCGUGCAUUCCAUUCCUGAUGCAGAAACCUUCAGCAUGCCAGCCAGCCCCAGGGACAGAGUGACCCAUCUGCCUACUUGGAGUCAGAGACCCAAAUGGAGAUCUGUCUCAGCUGAAGGACACAAGCUGAAAGGUGGCUGCUACAUGUUCUCCGCUCUUUGCCAUAGCCCAGGACCCGAUGGUUUCCUUCUGCCAAGUCUUGCUGAGUAGUCUGUAUAUGUAUGUUUGAAUGCAUGUGUGCACGCCUGUGUGUAAACAUGUGUGAUGGAGAUGGAGCUGUUGGGUAGCGACAAGAGCUCCUGGGAAUCUCCUGUUUUCUGUGUACAGGAGGGAUCAUGGACUACUUGGAGAAAUGGGUAUGGAGUCUGAGGCCCUGCCAGGGAAGCCCCUCCCUGCUCAUGCUCAGGCAUGGACUAUGGUGUGAGGUCAGAGGCACUGGCAUUGGACUGGAUUCUGGGCCCAGUGGCGUCAGUCAGGAGACGGGGAUAGAAGGAGGACUCAGCUUUGUGUUCCUGUCCCAUUCUGGCCCUGAGUAGUCUGAGCUUCUGCGUCCCCCCCCUCCCCCUGGGCUCCUUUUGUUCCUCCAUGAUGCCCUCGCUGUGUGAUGGGGUGGUGAUGCACUUUAUUUCCUUGCAGUCUGCAUUGCAGGCUGCGGAGCUUCGAUCAUUUUGGAGACUUGACCUGGAUGAGCGUACAUUUCCUUGUGUGAUGAACUCCGCAUUGCCAGUGUUGUCUGGUCAGAGAUGCAGUUCCGAUGUUGUCACUUGUUGUUGUCUCCCAAAGUUAGAAGAAAAUCUUCGAGUUCAGUACACCAAAUACUGCCUGCA